AUGAAAUUCACCAAAUUUCUUCAAAUUCAAAUUCCACCCGCCGCUGAGCAAAUCAUACACCACCACAUCCCCAAUGGACUCAACUACGCCGCUUAUGGCCGCCUUAUCCAACAUUGCACCAACCACCGUCUCAUCCGUCAAGCCAAGCUCCUUCAUGCCAAACUCAUACUCUCCUCUGUCACCCUCGAUAACUUCUUGGCUUCAAAACUCAUCACUUGUUACUCUAAAUCCAACAAUCUUUUCGAAGCCCACAAGGUGUUCGACGAAAUUCCCAAUAAGAACACUUUUUCUUGGAACGCAUUGCUCAUGGGCUACUCCAUGAACAACAGGCACACUCAUACGCUGAAGCUUUUUUGCUGUUUCUUAUCUGCCUCCACAAUGUCCGUAAAACCAGACAAUUAUACGGUUACAUGUGUGUUAAAGGCUUUGUCUUUGUUGGAUCAUGCGAGCUGGGGUAAAAGAUUCCAUUGCUUUAUCAUCCGAAAUGGGUUGGACUGGGAUAUCUUUGUUGUAAAUGCUUUGAUAACUUUCUAUUGUAGGUGUGAUGAUAUUGUUAUAGCAAGACGUUUGUUUGAUUGGGCACCUGGUAAAGAUCUUGUGACAUGGAAUUCAAUGAUGGCAGGGUAUUCUCAAGGAGGAUUCUAUGAGAAAUGCAAGGAAUUGUAUUUAACAAUGUUGAGUUUGGAAGACACAAGACCAAAUGAGGUCACCGUGAUCAGUGUCCUGCAAGCAUGUGCACAAUCGAAUGACCUUGAUUUAGGAAUGAAAGUUCAUAGGUUUGUGAUGGAUGAUGAAAUUAAGAUGGAUCUCCCACUUUGCAAUGCAUUUAUUACUAUGUAUGCGAAAUGUGGCAGCCUGAACUAUGCGGAACAACUUUUUGAAGAAAUGAGUGAGAAGGACGAGAUUAGCUAUGGCUCUAUAAUAUCUGGGUAUAUGCUUCAUGGUUUUGUAGACAAAGCAAUGAAUCUUUUCAGAGAAAUGGAAAGACCGGGGCUGAGUACUUGGAAUGCUGUGAUAUCAGGGGAGUUUCAGAACAAGCAAUAUGAAAUGGUAGUGGAUUUAUUUCAUGAAAUGCAAGUGUGCGGGUUCAGGCCAAAUACCGUAACAUUGUCAAAUAUUCUUCCGACACUUUCACAUUUAAUGAAUCUAAAAGGAGGGAAAGAGAUACAUGCCUAUGCAAUCAGAAACAGUUAUGACAGAAAUAUCUACAUAGCAACUGCUAUUGUUGAUACAUAUGGUAAGCUAGGUUUUCUUGAUGGGGCACGUAUAGCUUUUGGUCAAUCAGAAAAGAGGACUGUGACUUUAUGGACAUCAUUAAUAUCAGCAUAUUCUUCCCAUGGGGAGGUUAAAGUGGCACUAGAUCUGUUUAGUGAGAUGACUAACGAAGGCACACAGCCAGAUCCUGUCACCUUCACAUCUGUAUUAUCUGGUUGUGCUCAUUCUGGAUUAGUAGAUGAAGCUUGGAGGAUAUUUGACAGUAUGCUACCAAGGUAUGGUAUCCAUCCCUCCAUGGAGCAUUAUGCUUGCAUGGUUAGCGUUUUAAGUCGGGCCUUGAAGCUAUCUGAAGCCAUAGAAUUUAUAAAGAAAAUGCCUUUUGAGCCUAGUGCUAAAGUUUGGGGUGCAUUGCUUAAUGGGGCUUCACUUUCUGGUGAUGUUGAAGUUGGUAGAUUUGCUUGUAAUCACUUGUUUGAAAUUGAGCCUGAAAAUACGGGAAACUAUAUCAUAAUGGCUAAUUUAUAUUCACGAUCUGGGAGAUGGGAAGAGGCUGAAGAUGUUAGAGUUAAGUUGGAUAGUAUUGGGCUGAAGAAGAUCGCAGGGACUAGCUGGAUAGAAACGCCAGGAGGAAUGCAAAGUUUUGUUGCCAAGGAUUUAUCAAAUGAAAAAACUGAGGAAAUAUAUGAGACAUUAGAAGGAUUAUUCAACUUGAUGAGAGAAGAAAGGUAUACUGUAAGUGAAGAUUGCUUAGAAAAAAAUCAUUCAGUCCUACUGUAA